GCAAGAAUUCAGCCCAUAAGGAGCCUAUUCAGCUCUGCAAUAUCUUAUUACAUGUCGUUUACUUUACAUGCGCGUUUGGCGGCAAAAACAUACUGAAUAUUCUAAACCCAAGCUGGAUAGCUAGGACUAUAAAACUAGUCUUGGUUUAGAAUAAGAAAAUAAGUGGUGUGUCAUUCCGAUUCCAAGUCCAAGUUUCCGAUCCACAAUGGGAAUCUGCAUAUCCGUUGCAUCUUCUGAUCAGAUCCACAACGCCGAAUCCGAACACGGCCAUGGAAACGCCGUGCUCUUCUUCGACAACCAAAACGAUUCCACCGGAAUUCACGGCCUCUGUUCUGUAUACUCCAAAGAAGGAAGCAAAGGACUUAACCAAGAUUCCGCUAUUCUAUACCAGGGCUAUGGAAUGAAAGACGGGGCUUUCUGCGGGGUUUUUGAUGGACAUGGAAAGAAUGGCCAUGUGGUGAGUGAGAUGGUGAGGAAUCGCUUGCCGUUGCUCUUGCAAAGCCAAAAGGAAUCCGUGAUCACAAAGUUUAACGAAGACACAGAUGGUAAAUCUGUGCCGGAAGUAGAGGAUUGUGAGAAAUGGAAAGAGACUGUUAUUAGUGCGUUCAAAGUGAUGGACAAGGAGAUUAAGCUUCAAGACCAUUUGGACUUCUCUUGUAGUGGAACCACCGCCGUUGUUGCCAUAAGACAGGGAGAUGAUCUUAUAAUAGCAAAUCUAGGAGAUUCAAGGGCAGUCUUGGGGACAAUAACAGAGAAUGGAAUCAAGGCCGUUCAGUUGACCACUGAUCUAAAGCCAGGCUUACCAAGUGAAGCAGAGAGAAUACGGACGUGCAAAGGAAGGGUAAUAGCGCUGAAGAACGAACCGCACAUACAGAGAGUUUGGCUGCCACACGAGGACGUACCGGGACUAGCCAUGUCUCGGGCUUUCGGAGACUUUCUUCUCAAAGACUAUGGCAUUAUCGCCAUCCCUGAUGUCUCUUUUCACCGACUAACUUCGAACGACCAAUUCCUCGUUCUCGCAACAGACGGGGUUUGGGAUGUCAUGAGUAAUGAUCAAGUUGCGGCUGUCGUGUGGGAAGCGGCGACCGAGGAGGCGGCAGCAAGAGCAGUGGUGGAGGCGGCGAACGCUGCGUGGAAGAGGAAGUUCCCGGCUGCAAAGAUAGAUGACUGCACGGUGGUUUGCCUCUUCUUGCAAGACAAACAGCGAAAUCAUGUCGUUGCUGUUAAUAAGAGAUAGUUAGAGCUUGUUUCUUUGGAGCGCUUCUUCUUUCAUCUCGUACGUGAAGACUGAAGGCUUGGCUUUGUGCUGGCCUGCAGGUGCUGGGGCUGGCCAAGCUCCUCUUCUGCCUGUGCUCUCUUUGGUUUAUUUUUUUACUGGGUGAUUUUUUAGUACCAAGGCUCCCAUCAACUAUGCUAUAGAUGGGGAAGGUUACGUGAUACAUGUGAACACU